AUGGCGCGCUUUAUGAGACUGAAAUGCCAGGGACCUCUGACCAGGUACCUGAAAAAGCGGACACCCUCCGCCAUGGGUGCCCCACUCCGCUCAUUCUGGAUUUUCGAGUCACGGUGCGUGCAUGCUGCACUGUGGCAGGCUCCCGAAGCGUCAUUUUGCGGAGGAACAAGCCUGGCUGGCUGGCUGCCUGACCGCCGGCACAAGUUGAAUUGGAAAUCAGUGCGCGUGGGGGGUGGUGUACACUAG